AGACGGCAGAGAAACGAACCGGAGUGUGUGACAGACGGCAGAGAAACGAACCGGAGUGUGUGACAGACGGCAGAGAAGCGAACCGGAGUGUGUGACAGACGGCAGAGAAACGAACCGGAGUGUGUGACAGACGGCAGAGAAACGAACCGGAGUGUGUGACAGACGGCAGAGAAACGAACCGGAGUGUGUGACAGACGGCAGAGAAACGAACCGGAGUGUGUGACAGACGGCAGAGAAACGAACCGGAGUGUGUGACAGACGGCAGAGAAACGAACCGGAGUGUGUGACAGACGGCAGAGAAACGAACCGGAGUGUGACAGACACGAACCGGAGUGUGUGACAGACGGCAGAGAAACGAACCAGGGUGUGUGUGAAAGACAGAACAUCUCCAUUGGUUUCCCAUUAUACCGGUCUACCCCAGGGCAAUGUAGAGAUUGGACAGAGAUCAUUUAAAUAAAUAAAAAUGUUUUUAAACAAUUCAUUUUGAAUGAACGGGACCGGACCGCAAGGAACUACGAAUAGAUCUAAGGAAAGGAAGGUGUGUUUUGUUUUCUCUCACUCCUUCCACGAAGUCCGGUCCUAAUGCCCGGUCUUUGCAGUGCACUUGGUCUUGUGUUGGUGUUGGUGCGCUGAAUGAGCUCUCUCCGGACAGAGGCGAACUAUCCACGUUGCCGGCACACAGUGUUAUGUUGCUGUGAUAUAUGUUCGCUCGCUCGAACAGGCAACAGGCUAUGAAUGGGACGUGUUAUUCUGUUGCGCGCUGCUUGUUAGUUUUUUGCUUCUCAUCAUGAUCAACGUUGCGGUAUGAUACAGACACCCUCACCCUAUAGGUGCAGUCCUAGAGGACUCCGUCAGGACUGGACCAGUCACUCUUUACACGUUUAUUCCAUGAAGAUUCGGGAUGGAAUUUCAGAGAUGUUUUUUUCUGCCGCGUUCGGGAGUCGAUUCUUGGCAUUAAUAAAGGCGUUCUAAAUCCCUUCAAACAGCGGGCUCUGUUUCCACCUCUGUUCAUUGGGGCUACAGCCAUACUGGAAACGAGGUCCGAGAUACCCACCCCAGGUGAGUGAUCUGUUGGGAUGCACUGAGAGCAGCGAGGUCACCUGGGACACACCUGACAUGGAAGUCAAGGGUCAUCUCAUCUCAGUACCUGACCUGCUGGGUGGCAGUCCGGAGGCUGUUGAAAGGAUGACAGAACUACAGGAGAGAAGACGCAGUCUCGAGACUCUACUGAAUAGCAGACUGGCUGAGCUACGGAGAGUCUGUCUGCAGGAGGCGGAGUUGACAGGAGAGCUUCCUGUUGAUUUCCCCCUGGAGGCUGGGGAGAGACGCCCCAACGUACGCCGUCGGGCCGGAUCCUACCGCCACGGACCCAAGACUAUUAUAAAGACAGAGGAGGAGGUGUGUCAGAGGAAGCCGAAGAAGGCGCUGUUCAGCGGUGCCCUGAGACGGCGUGUAGACUCUGAUCAGCACCCGGCGCACAGCAAGAGGACUGUGCACAGAGGAUGUCACACGGAUGACACGGUGAACUCUGAGAGCAGCUCCACGUCUGAUUCUACAGGGGACCAUGACAACGAUGAGUCUUCGGGUGUGGCCCCUGACUGCCUGUCCCCGUCUCGGCCCCGGCUGGCCCCUGGUAAUGGGAGCAGCAGUAGUCCAGACAGCAGGCUGUGUAGGAAGCUUUCUCCUGUUGAGAUCUAUUAUGCGAUGAGGACCACCACGCAACCCAACUCACUGGCCCUCUCUGCCAGAAGCAAUAUGGAGGGGAGGAGUGUACCUACCACACCCCUCCUCGCUCGGAACGGACCAACAGGUGUCCACAACCACAUCAGGUCAGCUAUAUCCACAGUGACUACUACCAAGCAGUGGUCAGACAAUCCAGAGGUGACCCAGGUGGUUCCUCAUCAGUCUCAGGUCAGCGGCCACUCCCCUGGCCCCUCCUCUGGCCCCCCGUCAGGGUCCUAUGAGCAGGGAGGAGGAGGGGGAGGCGGAGUUUACAGUGAUAUCCUGAUGGACUAUGUAUGGGGGAAGCAGCAGCAGCAGCAGAGACAGGUCCAACAGGUCCAUGGCAAUGGACAGUUCCCUUCCUCCGUUCCUGUACCUCCUCCUUCUCACUUCAACGGCUACCCCCACCCCCAGGGACAUCUCCCAGGGCCCCAGCACGUCUCUGGGGGCCCGCCAGCCUACUCCAGCCCCCUGAUGCUCCGUGGGAAACUUGGAGAGCCACGCCGGGUCAAGGUAACCCGUACCAAGUCCUGUGGUCCGUUCAUCCCUCUCCAGCACCACCAGAAUGAGGUACUCCACUUCUCCUCUUACACCUCCUCCUCUUCUGACCCUCCUCUUCCUCCCACCUCCUCCUCUUCCUCGACCGGGACCUCCACAGCUGCCCUGUACCCCCACCAGGGGACUGGGGUUGAGUCCCAAAAGCACCAGCAUGGGUCUGGAUCGGGACCCGGUCUCAAUCUCAACCACAACCACCAGCUCGGACCACCCCAGUACUCUGACUCCGUCACCCCGGACGACCCCAUCCGCAGCCUGCACAAGGCCCUGGCUCUGGAGGGCCUGAGGGACUGGUACCUGAGGAACAGCCUGGGUGGAGUAGCGGUGGGGGGGAAGGUACCGGGGCAGGACAACAGGGGGUCCCCCAGGAGGCGUACCACGAACUCCCUGCACGGGUCACACCCUCAGCAUCUCCCACACCAGCCCCAGAUCUACCAGGGAGACCGAGACAGAGACUACCCUCCCUGCCACCUGCCACAGUCACAGACCUUCCACGGGCACCCACUACAUGGCAGGUCUCUGUAUCAGGAGUCCUUCCCAUCCCAGAUGCAGGAGCUGACCCUGAAAGAACCCAGCACUGACAGAGGUGAUCUGCCUACUCCGGGUACACUGGUCUGACAACAACAACAACAACAAC